GUUCCGGUCCCGCCCUUCACUUCCGGCCGCCUUCGGUUCCGCUGCGGCCGGCUUGUACGUGCGCUGUCGCUGGUUACUCAGCGCUCCAGUAUUUUUUUCUGAAGUCAAGCUGCUUCCUCUUAUGCUUCAAGAAUGGCUCUCCCUAUCAUCGUAAAAUGGGGUGGACAGGAAUAUUCAGUGACCACACUUUCAGAAGAUGAUACUGUGCUAGAUCUCAAACAAUUUCUUAAGACCCUUACGGGAGUGCUGCCAGAACGCCAGAAGUUACUUGGACUCAAAGUUAAAGGCAAACCUGCAGAAAAUGAUGUUAAGCUUGGAGCUCUCAAACUGAAACCAAAUACUAAAAUCAUGAUGAUGGGAACUCGUGAGGAGAGCUUGGAAGAUGUCUUAGGUCCACCCCCUGACAAUGAUGAUGUUGUCAACGACUUUGAUAUUGAAGAUGAAGUAGUUGAAGUAGAAAAUAGGGAAGAAAACCUACUGAAAAUUUCUCGGAGAGUAAAAGAGUACAAAGUGGAAAUUUUGAAUCCUCCCAGGGAAGGGAAAAAGCUUUUGGUACUAGAUGUUGAUUAUACAUUAUUUGACCACAGGUCUUGUGCAGAAACUGGGGUAGAAUUAAUGCGGCCAUAUCUUCAUGAAUUCCUAACAUCUGCAUAUGAAGAUUAUGACAUUGUUAUUUGGUCUGCAACAAAUAUGAAGUGGAUUGAAGCUAAAAUGAAAGAGCUGGGAGUGAGCACAAAUGCAAAUUAUAAGAUUACCUUCAUGUUGGACAGUGCUGCUAUGAUAACAGUGCAUACUCCAAGGAGAGGAUUAAUAGAUGUAAAGCCUCUUGGUGUUAUAUGGGGAAAGUUUUCGGAGUUUUACAGCAAAAAAAACACCAUUAUGUUUGAUGAUAUAGGAAGAAAUUUUCUAAUGAACCCACAGAAUGGACUAAAGAUAAGACCUUUUAUGAAAGCACACUUAAAUCGAGAUAAAGACAAAGAACUUUUAAAAUUAACUCAGUACCUCAAGGAAAUAGCAAAAUUAGAUGACUUUUUGGAGCUAAAUCACAAAUAUUGGGAAAGGUAUCUCUCAAAGAAGCAAGGACAGUAGUUACAGGUUAUACUGGCAGUUAUUGAAGAUACUUGAGAUCCAUGAACUUCUUGCUUUUAUGCUCGAGAUCAUUAUUAUAGUGCUGGACACUGAAGCAAAUACCAGACUGCUUAUACUUGGUCUUCCAGUUUUUGUAAAUUUAAUUUUAUAUUUUCUGAAGAUCAUAGCAAUAUGCUAAAAAAAUUUUUUCCCCUGUAUGAAUAUUCUGUUACUCUUGAAAAAUAUUCUCUCCAGCAUUGAUUACUGAGGUGUUUUUUUUUUUCCACAAAAAAAAGUGGGAAAAAAUAUAUACUCAACAAUGCCAUUUUGUGACUUUGGAAACAAGUUAUGUCUUAUGUUUUUGUUUUGUGUUAUUGUCUGACUAAAUCUGAGACCAAACCCAUCUUGAAACUAAUGCUUUUCCCUUUAAAACCAAAAAAAAAAAAAAAAAUUUUUUUUUUUUUUUAAAUAAAGAACUUAGUUUGUUACACUUAAAA